UCCUAUUUUAUGAAAUCAAUACCAUAAAUCAUAGUAAUUUAGAAAAGUAUAUUAUUAGGAAAAUUUCCCUAGUAUAUUAUUCUCUCUAUUAGAAUCAAAACAAAUAUUAAUAGACAACCUUUAGUACAAUGUCAUCCGUAUAUCGAAUAAAUAGAACAGUUUCGUUUGUACCAUACGACAGGUUCGACAGAUUGAUGAAACUAGUUUAAAAACACGUGAUUCUCAUUGUAUUGAAAAGUGUCUUUAAAGAAUUUAUUUUCAAAAUGUUGAUAUCUCCUUGACUAAACACUCAUGAACAUCAAGCAGAAAUUUAAAAGGAAAUCACGAUGGUCAAGAGAAAAAUGUACAAACGAUCUCGACUCAAGCAGUCCCUGGACCAAUCCCAAGAAAGUUUAUUGCAAAAAUCAGAUACUUCUGACGAGGUCGAUUGCGUGAGAAUUAAAUGUACUCCACUUAAAAGAAUGUCGAGAUCCACUGAACAACUUUUGCAUCAAAGAUCUCCGGAAUCUGUACUCUUUGAACUUAGGGAACCUGAUUUGUCAUGCUACGACGAUCUAAGUCCAGAAAUUGUACCCAAACUUCGCCGAAUGAGAUUAGAUCUAAAUGAAUCGGACAAGAAAGAGGAAGAAGAGAGUACCAAAGAAAAGGAACCAGAAUUGAUCGAAAUAAAACAGACGAAAAAUUUGUUCAAGCAAAAUAUCGACAAGCCUGCGGAAAAAUGCUUUUCAUUAGAGAAGACUUUGUCAAUGAACGACGAAAUAAAAUUAGAAAUGAAUGACUGCCAGUCUUUGCGGGAGGGAAGAUCUUUCUCAAAGACUAGAUUCGAUGAUUAUGCUUGCGAUACUGAGCUUCGUUAUGGCUACACUUUAGAACCAGCAACGCAAUUUGCUACUUGCAAUUCGAAAUUAAAGCCUCAGAAUGAACUCCAUAAUUUUCCGAACAAAUUUCAAACGACUGCGUGCAAGUCUAUAGAUCAAUAUGAAGAAAAAUGGAACGGUCAAGACCUGCUGAACGGCACGAGGUUUGAAAUAGUGAACGAGAAAAAUCUGCAGGAUUCAGGCACUGGAAAUCAAUUUACUAACUGGACUGAGUGUAGGCAAAUUCUUUCAAAUUUACGACAAUUGAACAGCUUUAAGAUUCGGACGGGAAAUCAGGAAUUCUUCGGGAAUCUUUUACCCAAAUACAAAAAAUGCGACGAAACAAGAAUGCUGCAAACAAAUUCGCUUUCUUCUAAUACAUUGUCUUCGUUGACUCGAGAGGAAAAUUCGAAUGAGCUAACGAGCAAGUGUCAUUUCGUAGAUGAAACGGGCAAGAUCGAUAAUAUACGAGAUUACAGGGAAAUAAAGGGUGAUACGACGAGGAUUAGAACUCGUUCGAUUACUUCCUGCAGUGGUUCUCCACCGCCUGCCAAAAAAUGCCGGACUAUGCUCAAAUUUGACGAUGAAGAGGACGUAGAGAGGCCACAGGAACCUGUUGCUUCCGUUAAAAUUAUUGAUUUAUUACCAGCAGAAGAGAAAAAUGUUCAAAAUUAUUUUUAUCCAAAUACGAUGAUAACAAAAACGUCUUGGAGCGCAGGCAGCUCUGAAUCGUCUAUCACUUCGACUUUAAAUCAUCCAGCUGUAUCAAAUUCUGAUAGCUACAGCGCAUGUCUGAAAGAAUCCAUAGGUAAUAGCGUUCAAAUGAACAAAAGUUUCCAAAGACUUCAAUCUGUCAAGAAGCCUGUGUCUAAAAUCGUUCUGUUCUGUGCCUGGAUAAUAAAAAGAGUGACGGCUGUACUAAAAGAAAGUUACGCAAACCUCACGCGAACUGCUUCAACGUCAGUGAAUCGGCAAAUGGAGGAGCUCAGUCAAGUUGUGAUAACGUUACGCUCAGAGAAUGAACAGACGAUUAACAUAUUGCUGGAGAAAGUCACUCGUUUAUCUGAGCAAAUUACUCAGGUGCGUGUAAGCAACGUAACCGCCAUCGAUGCUUUAACCGCAGAGGUCAGGGACAUACAAAACGUCACGAAGAAGCUGACCGAAAGUAACGAAACGUUGAUGAAAGAACUGCAAAGAUUACACCAAUCGUUGGAGAAUAUGAGAUUGAAAUCUCCAAAGAAAUUGUCACCCCCUUCACCACCAAUUUCACUAUCAUCCAAUUCAUCGGCUGUUCCUCCUCCACCUCCACCACCUCCUCCACCUCCUCCGCCUCCUCCGCCUCCUCCGCCGCCUCCGCCGCCGCUACCUCCAUUAGCUCCUCCACUGCUGUCAACGCAGUCUCCGGCGCAGCUGAUUACACCAACCACACCGAACAGCAGCGGCAAAAGCAUCAGAACGCCCUCGAGAAAGUGCUCGACACCACUGUUUAAUAGGCCGGCUAUAACCGUCGAGGAUUUGCUGAAGGUGACCCUAAAAAAAGCACCGCAGAACGUUAAGGAGAAUAGAAGAAACACUAUACCAGGACCGAAGGGACCGGUGGUUUCCUUAGACAUGCUACGUAGUGUAAAACUGAAGUCUGCCAGGCGCAGAUCGACCGAUCAAAUCACCAGGUCUCCGAGGAGCGGACGAAUACUCAAAACACGAACAGCACCGAGCCUCAGCUUGUCGCCGAUCAUGAAGAGCACGGAUAAUUCACUGAGACGAAUCCUGAAGCAGGUGGAUGUUAAUAAACAGCCACGAUGUCUGUUGUCUAGUUCAAGUUUUCGUGAGAACAUUAUCGGAAGAGAUCAGUCGCAGAACAUAGAGGAUGAUAGAUCACAAUCGAUGAUUGCAUAAGCGUAUUACAAUUUGAAAUGAUCGCAGAUUUAAGAAAUUUUAUACAAUCAAUAUAUAGAAGACGUGUGUACAAUUUUAACGAAUCAAGUUAUUCUGUAAUCGAUACAAGACAAAUGUAAUCGGGUCAUCCAAGAUAUAAUUUUUUUUUUUUUUUUUCUUUCAAUAGAAAUACGACGAAUGUUCUUUUGCAGAAUUGUAACUUAAUGUAUAGAAAACAAAAUACUUGUGUUGUACAGAGUACAAUGAAGGUAAUCGUAUCUCACACCCUGAAAUAAUACAUGUCCUCUAAUUGCUAUCGGCAUUUGUUUUUAUUUUUUUCUAAUAUAUUAAAUUAAAUUCUGUGACAACAGGUUCAUUAGAAUUGCUCUGGUUUUAGGUGACUCACUGCGAACCAAUGACACGGCGCGAUACGAACAAUAUUUUAUAUUUAAUUAUAAUCGCUGACGUAUGUAGAUGUUUAAUAAUGUAUACUAAUAAAGAUCCGAAGAAACGAUUA